UCUCAGAAAUCAGAAUGUGACUCUCUCUCUCAACAGAGACUAAUGAGUAAAGGGUCACAGUCACAGUGAGUGAGAGAGAGAGAGACACACACACACACACACAGACUCACAGUGAUGAACGACCUCUCAAUCUCAAAUGCAACUACCGUGAGAGACUCAGACCACCAUUGCUGUAGCUGCAAUCCCAUUCCUCGUGUGUUUCUCUACAUUGUGAUAGCACUGUUCCUUCUGGGACUCUCUGUGUCCAUAUUCAUAUUCGUGGUUGUUCACAACGCCGUCUUCUUCCUCUCUUUGCUUGCGCUCUCGGCUCUGCUCCUCGCUUUCAUUCUCUGGAACACGCUUAACUGGAACUCCAAGACUGCUAUUCUCUUCUUCGUUCGCUCUCUUCCUGACUCUGACCUUAGACUCGCUCGCCAUGGACAGCUUGUUAAGAUCACUGGGCUUGCGUCAUGUGGGAGUGUUUCCCUAGAAUCUUCCUAUGAAAAGGCUACCAGAUGUAUCUAUGCAUCUACUUUUUUGUAUGAAUACAGAGGAUUUGAUCUGAAACCAGUGAAUGUUAACACGUCAUGCUUUCAAUGGAGUUUAGCAUAUUGUGAGAGGUUCGCCACUGACUUUUACAUAACUGAUAGAAAGUCUGGUGUCAGAGCUGUAGUGAAAGCUGGUUCUAAUAGUAAAGUCAUUCCCUUGGUCAUUGAGAGCAAACUUGUGAAUACUACCAGACAAUGCAGAAUUUUAUCUCCUAAUCUGAGAAAAUGGUUAAGAGAGAGAAACCUCUCAGAAGAAGCCCGUUUACUACGUCUUGAAGAAGGGUAUGUACAAGAAGGUAGCUGUGUGACUGUAAUCGGAAUGCUGCAUCGAAAUAAUGAUAUAGUGAUGAUUAUUCAACCACCAGAGGCCAUCUCCACAGGAUGUCUAUGGCAAAAGCUUCUUCUCCCAGUUGACAUUGAUGGAUUGAUCCUACGAGCCUCUCAGUUGGCUGGCCCUGUGAACCAAGAGACUAUUCCACACCCAGAUCGGUAAUGCCUGACAUAUGGUAUAAUUUGGAGUAAUUCAUAUUUUAUAUUUCAGAUGAUGUACUAUCUGCAGAAAUUUUGCCGUUCUUAUAGUUUAGAUUUUAAUUCUCUGUGAAUUACUGUCACCACGUACCUUUGCAUGCUAAUUGUUUCUUGUUUUGACACUGCUUCUAAUAGAAUGUACUGAUCUUAUUGAGUUCAA